CACAACAAGUUAUAGAGAGAAUCAAGAAAGAAAAUAAUGGAGAAAGUGAGCAUUUUGAUGAUAUUGGCUUUGGCUUUGGGCGUUUUGAGCUUGGCUAAUGCUCAAAGUGCCAACAAUGUGAGGGCUACUUACCAUUUGUAUAACCCACAAGACAUCAAUUGGGACUACCUUAGGGCAAGUGUUUUUUGUGCAACAUGGGAUGCCAACAAGCCCAUCGAGUGGCGUCGUCAGUACGGUUGGACCGCCUUCUGUGGCCCUGUCGGCCCUCGUGGCCAAGCUUCUUGUGGACGUUGCUUGAGGGUCACUAACACUGAAACAGGAGCUUCAGAAAUUGUGAGAAUCGUUGAUCAAUGUGCCAAUGGAGGGCUGGAUUUGGAUGUGAAUGUGUUUAAGAGAAUCGACACCAAUGGAAAUGGAGUCUUCCGAGGCCAUCUUAUUGUCAACUAUCAAUUUGUCAAUUGCUAAGAUUUUUCUUUCGGUUUAUUCUUCCUAGAAGAAGAAAGAAAGAAUAUCACGUUCUAAUAAAUAAAGUAUGAACAAUAAACUAUGAAUUCGAGGUUUCUUGAAUUUAUGAACUUUUUUUUUU